UCAAGACUGACAGUGGCGAGACAUGAAGCGUACCAGACUACCAGUUGAAAGUAAAAGUGCAUAAAUGAUCUGGCGUUACCUUGCCUCCCUUCUGCCUUCUUCCAACUCUCAUCUUCACCAUUCUAUUAUUCUAUUUCGUGUACAAACGCCCAGACAAUCAGCUUAUUUGCAACCCUCGGCCCUCGCACAUCCAACCUAUAUCUUUCUCCUCGUUAUUCUCUCUAGUGAUAUGUAUCUGCAUAUUAUUUACUCGUGAAUGUGUUCUGUUCUGUGUUAACCUCAAGCUAAGAAGAUAGUGCUUUCAAAUAGUCCUGUUGAAUGUGGAUAUUUUUUUAUGUAUUAGCAAAGAUCCGUCCAGAAAUCUGUGAUUUUCUUUCAAAGUAUCGUAAUCAACACGAUAUCACUAUUUUCAGGUUCUCGCAUUCAUAUAAAAAAAUGGCUCGUGGUCUUUCAAUCGUACUUGGUUUAAUCAUUGUGAUUAACAUACUCGCCCUAUUACACAAACACGAAAAGAUCACUGAAUUAGAUGAUGUACAGCUGGAGAUUUUGCGAAAGCCUGGAGAUUUCGAUAUUCAUAAAUUGGCAAUAUUGUAUGAUAUUUACGAUACAUCUCCAGAUCGUUUGAAUGAAACAUUCCUUGAGAAUCCAGACUUGGAAAAGAAACUCGAGGCACAUUUCAUAAAAGAAGCAGUGGAUAGAUCGUUUCUAAUGAUACAAACAGCUUUAUCGACAUAUGCAGUCAUCGUACUUGAAAUGUCCAAUCAACCCAGCUCCAGAUCCGCGAAGACAGCAGUUUUUCAUGUGCUCGCUCUCCUUUAUUACAUACCUUCCCCUACAGUGCAUAACUUUUUCAUCGAUUUGUUAUCCCGGCGGUUUGCUGUAUUUUUCGCUGUGUUAAAAAUGCUGGGUGCCAAUUGGAUAGGUUAUCUUCGAUUUUUUAAGAUAGAGCACGUAGCUUUGCCAAGACAGCAUAGAAGACAGCUAGCAGCGUCGGCAGGCUAGAGUACACAAAGAGCCUAGAGAACAGGCGGUUUUGGCUGCGUAGAUUUUUUUUGACUGGUGAAAAAAAUUCACUUGAAGGAAGAGAAAGGCAGAUAAGGUCAACAUUUUCAUGGAGCACAAAAAUUACAGAAAUUAAAUGUACUUUUUUCAAUAGAACGACAGCAGAAAGACAAAAAAAAAUCGCUUACUUUAUUUUGAUAUUCUAAUGUGAAGCAAGAUUGUAAAAGUUGCAAUUGCAGGGAUUCUUAACAUUGUUAUGAUAAGGUACAUAGAUUUAAUAUCCAAAGUGUUCCUUUUUUUAUUAGCUUCAAUUUUUUUAUGAAAUUUGCCUCGUGUGAGUCGUGUGUGUUUUUUAAAUGUAUGUUUGAUCGACUUCCCUGAUCUUGUAUAAUUUUAUGUUUUUAUCCAUUAAACUAAGCGUUAUU